AUGGACAAGGUACCAGAAGGAGGGAUGUCACCGAGUAUAUUCACAUCGAAUGCACCUUCUUGGUACCGGUUUAGCCUUUAUGCAGUUUUGGGAGGCGUGGCUGUGGUAACAAUAGGCUUACUGAGUGUCUGUUGCAAAAAGAUUUGGGCUGCCUUGGCGAAACGUGAUGAUGAUGACGAUGAUGAAGAGGAGCGAAAGAAAUACAAAGAAUACAACAACAGAAGUCGUUCAAACACAGUUAACGUUCUAGCAAAACAAAAACCCAAAAAGUGGCCAUGCUAUGUUUUAUACGGCUUAUUUCAACAAGUUCAAAUCAUCGAUACUUCAGGCAGCAAUGAGUUUCCCGCCAUGCAAAACCUUAAUAUUAGGAAUGGAGACGAUUUUGUCGUGGUGUAUGCAGUAGAUGACCCCCAGUCAUUCCAUCAGGCCCUCUCACUUGUUAAAAAAGUCAAAGACAUUAAAGGAAAAGACUUCAGCAGGAUAAUUCUUGUGGGAAACAAGAUAGACAAAACGAAUUCUAGAAAAGUAACUACUGAAGAAGUUCUGAAGAAAUCAGUAACCGAGGAAAUGCUCUGCUUUACUGAAACAAGUGCUAAACUGAACUGUAACAUUAGAUGCCUUUUCCAAAUUAUUUUAAGGAACUACGUGAAGUCAGAUGAUUUAUAUUUUAAGAAGAAAAACAGAAAAAUAUCGAAAUGUAAAGUUAAGAGCUUUUCGGGUUCCUGUGUUAAAGCUAGGAAACCCUCAGUGCAAAGUCUUGUAUACUCACUUUAUACCAAAAAUAAUUAA